CGCUGGGAGUUGUAGUCCUCGGGAAGCGCAGUCCCUGCUCUCCCCCAAGCGCUCUCGGCCUGGAGUCGCCCUUCGCUCCCCCCCACCCCGGGACGCGGUGACUAAGUUUGGCCGCUGCUCCGUCCCCCACGCCCGGUCAUGCGGAGGCUGCUAUCGACUCUCCGACGCCAUCACGCCCGGCUAUUGGCGGCGGCAGCCGAGCUCCCCGCCCCGGGACAUAGGGCACCGCCGCCUGGCUGGGGGGAGCGGCGGGCAGCGGCGGCCGCUUGGGCGCUGGGCUCGGGUCGCUCCAUGGCGCAGUGCGGGGCCGUCGCAGCGCCCCCACCCACCCCAGAGAAGGCGCAGUGGUCGGGGGCAGCCGCCGGGGACCCUCCCCCCGGAGCCGGCGAGUCCCUGGAACACGAUGGGCUGGAAAAUAUGCAGGAAAAAAAAAUCAUUCGAAAGAAAAAGAAAAGAACAAAAAUAAGAAAAGGGUCACAAAUUCCUCCUGACUCUAUGGAUUAUUUGAUGGCAGAAAUACCAUUUGCCAGUACAGAUACUGGAGAUGAAUUUGGCACUACUAGUACAUGUUUUAAAAAGAGGAGAAAAAGAACUACUAGAAGUAAGACUGAAGAUGACGAUCAAACAAAGAAGAAAAAGCAAGAUCAGCCAAACUAUUUCAUCUCUCUUCCAAUUACAAACCCAAAGAUUACAAGAGGUAUUCAGGCUGUCCAAGACAUAGUAGUACAAAAGGAUCACAGGCUUUCCCAAGCAAUGGUUUGUUGUGGCUCCUUACAUGUCACCCUGUUCGUGAUGCAUUUAUCCAGUGAAGAAGAAGUUGGCACAGCAGUUGGUGCUCUUUUAGAAAGCAAAGAUGCAGUAGAAGAACUCCUACAAGGAAAACAUUUGGAUUUAUCAUUUCAAGGAAUUGAUGAUUUUAGAAAUGAAGUUGUAUUUGUGAAGUUUGCAGCGAGUGACCAUACAGCCGCACUUACGGAGAUAUCAGAGACCAUGAAGAAGAUAUUUCAAGAAAAGGGCAUCUUGGCAGGAGAAAACAGAGCUUUUAAACCUCACUUGACCUUCAUGAAGCUGUCAAAAUCACCAGGGCUACGUAAGCAGGUGAGAAAAAUUGACCCACACCUAUAUGAGAAUUUUAAAAGCCACUAUUUUGGAGAUGAAACCCUGUACCGCCUAGAUCUUUGCUCCAUGUUGAAAAAAAAGCAACCCAAUGGCUACUAUCACUGUGAGUCCUCUAUCAUGGUUGUUUGUGUUUCGGGUGCACACACAGAGGACGAAGAAGAAAAUAAAGCAGUAGGUGCCAUGGGCCAGCUCUGUUGCUUUCCUUUCUCAAGAAAUGAGGAAAAAAUCAGUGAAAAGAAUGGGGCAGAGCCAGAUGAUGCGGAAUUGGUGAGCCUCAGCAAAAAGCUGGUGGAGAACGCAGUCCUCAAGGCUGUACAGCAGUAUCUAGAAGAAACUCAAAACAAAAACAGACAGACAGAUGGAAGCCCAGUGAAAACUGAGGAAGCAGCUAAUGGCAAUAGGAAUGAAAAAUGAUAGUGAUAACAGAAAGUGAUCACUGUGAGAAUGCCAAGGAAGCACAAAUCCACCAAGAAUAACCAUCAAAACGUGUCCCAGCUGCCUGUUCAGAUCUGCUAAAUUAUGCUGGCUGACUUGCAUUAUGCUUUGUGAACAUCUCUUACCAGAAAUGUGUUCUGAAUCGAGGGACACUCGCUAACACUUUCUUGAAAAGCGUUUGCAUUGCUGAAAAACGACUGAAUGCUGGGAAAGAUGAUUGGGAAAAAAAGGACAAGAUUUUGAAAGAAAAAGAUCAAACUUUCACAAGCUCUUAACUACAGAGAAUCUCUUCAUAGCUUUCGAAGAGGAACUGAACCCCUUGUGCAUGCCUUUUGCACUGCAAUGAAUGGCCAUGGAACAACGCCCUGCCAUAAAUGAAAACAAUGCGAGCUACAUUGUUUGGCAGAGCUGCAUAACUGCUCACUUGAUCUGCAGCAGAGAACUUCACAUUCUGCUGCAAAGCUAAGGGCAGGCAAUGCUAAACUAAAAAAGUUACUAGAGAUGUUUAUCACAGAUACUAUUACACAGUAGGUAAUAUCAUGGGAGUUUCUCUUGAAUGUGACACUACGAAGUGUUCUUCACUUUUCAGUAAAGUUUGUUCACAUAAAUUAUAUUUUUUGACAACACAAAACCUUUUUAUAUACAAUAAACAUGGGUGAAAUUCUAAAUACUUAAAGAAAACACAUGCCUGUUUUGAUACAUUAAUGCCAUACUUUAAUAUUUAGAAAUGACAGUUAUAUGCAAAAUAUAUUGUAUCAUUCUUUUCCUCUAGGGAAGAGCCAUGAAUCAGACUUAAUAAAGAAAGCUUUACACAGAGAAUCGCUGGCCCUGUUCUCAAAACUGAAUAAGAUAAAGGAGC